UUUUUUUUUUUUUUUUUUUUUUUUUUUGGGAGUAAAGAAGUAGCUGAAGUAAAGGGAGGGGAGUUGAUCGCCGGUGCAGAAGAUCAGUUGUGCAAAAUUGAGAGGAGAUGGAGAUUGAGAGCAGGGAAGAUUUGACGUCCAUAUUGCCGUUUCUGCCGCUGGCGCUGAGGUCGUCGGCUUUAUGCUGGCCCCCCCAAGUAGUGGAAACUCUCAAGUCUGUGGCGGCAGGACCUGAUCAGAGCGGUAUAAAUUCUGGUGAAGCCCUCUUCCAUUCUAUCUCUAACAUCAGACGCACACUCUCUAUCUCCGAUCAACGCCUCGCUUCUUCUGCCCAUCAUGGCUACGUCCUUUUCUUCGACAAGCUUAUGUCCGAAACAGAAUCCAUGCAGUGGUUUGGUGAGGUUAUUCCGGCAUUGGGAGAUAUGCUUCUUAAGUUACCAUCUUUGCUGGAAGCACAUUAUCAAAAUGCCGACCAGCUUACUGGUAAAGGAAGUGGCAAAUCCAAAACUGGUCUUCGUUUGUUAGCUUCUCAAGUUGCAGGCACUGUGUAUCUUAGCCAGGAGCUGAUUAGUGCGCUUCUUGCUUGUGCUUUCUUCAGUUUGUUUCCAGUCAUCGAUAGACACGUCCAAAAUCUUCCAACAAUUAACUUCGACUAUUUAUUUGCGAUUCUCUAUGAUGGACGUAGUAAGAUGCAGGAGAAUAAGAUACGAUGUAUUAUACAUUAUUUCAGAAGGGUAUGUUCCAAUGUUCCGAUGGGCUUUGUCUCUUUUGAAAGGAAAGUGCUUCCUUUGAACAAUUGUGCGGAAUAUUUUUGUUGUCCAAAGGCCAAUUUUUGGAUCAACUCCACCAUUCCUCUGUGUCCAUUCAAGGUUAAAGAUUCUGGCCUAAUAGAAGAUCAAACAUUUGGAGCUCUUGAAGUCGAUUUUGCUAAUGAGUAUCUUGGUGGUGGUGCUCUUCGUUCUGGCUGCGUGCAGGAAGAGAUCCGUUUCAUGAUCAACCCUGAAUUAAUUAUUGGCAUGCUUUUCUUGCCAGCCAUGGCAGAUAAUGAGGCGAUAGAAAUUGUUGGGGCAGAGAGGUUCUCAAAUUAUACGGGGUAUGCUUUCAACUUCCGUUUUGCUGGAAAUCAUGAGGACAAACAGGAAAUAGAUUCACUUGGAAGGCGUAAGACCUUCAUCACAGCUAUAGAUGCAUUGUGCAGUCCAGGGAUGAGACAAUACAGAUUAGAGUUCCUUCUUCGGGAAGUCAACAAGGCAUUCUGUGGUUUCUUUGAUCAAUCAAAACAUAAUCAGUACGAGAAUCUUUUCUUAAAAAGUAAGGAGGAUGUCACGGACCAUAAUGACACGUCAAGAAACAAUCUCCUGGUGCAUGAAUCUAGCUCAGAUACUAGAGAGAAUUAUUUUGGUACUUCUCUUACUCCAGAAUGCUUGAAUCACAAAGACGAUAUUGGGAUUGCAACUGGCAAUUGGGGCUGUGGUGCCUUUGGAGGAGAUCCUCAAGUGAAGUCCAUGAUACAAUGGCUUGCUGCUUCUCAGGCAUUAAGACCCUUCGUCGUGUAUUACACGUUUGGCACUGAAGCACUGCAGAACCUAGAAAAGAUGAGUGAAUGGAUCUUGGCACAUAAAUGGACAGUUGGUGAUCUAUGGAGUAUGUUGGCGGAGUACUGUUCUCAAAUAUCAAAGGGACAAACUCACGUUGGUUUCUUUGAUUGGCUCCUCCCACCCUCCUCCAAAACUAACUUAUGUUGCUUCUCUUGAUUUGGCAAUCAGUUAGCUUAUCAAUUGUCUUUUAUUGUUACAUUAUAUAGAAAACUAUACAUAAAAA